AUGCUCCCCCGCCCCAUCAUAACAUCAACAUUCGGCCUUCAAUACCGCAGAAUCCCCAUUCUGGCCAUCGGCAGACACAUCUACUGCGACACUUCGCUUAUAAUCGAGGCACUGGAGCACUUCUUCCCCGCGAACCAGGGUUGGGGUACUAUCUAUCCGGAAGCCGAGGGUGUCGGCGAGUGGAUGUAUCGAGGGAUGGCGAGGGGAUUUGCGAGUUUUUGGACAGACAAACCGCUAUUCCGCACAACCACAGGUUUCAUACCACCCUCAGUCUGGUCCUCAGAUUUCGGCAAAGACCGCGCUCAACUAAUUGGACAUCCAAUCCAGCCUGAAAAACUGCAAGCCAAAAUCCCAGACAAUCUUUCGAUCCUGGAUAUGCACCUUUCGAUGCUGGAACCAAUGUUUACGUCGGGGACGUGGGCGAUGCCGACGAAGACGCCGUCGUUGGCUGAUUUGAGUCUGUACUAUCAAUUGAGGUGGGGUAUGGAUAUUGGUGCUGGGAGGGGGAUUGGUGAUCUCAGUGGUGGCGGGGCGAGCGAUACAGAUGAUGAUGUUGUGGGGCAGGUGUUUAAUGGGAAGAGGUAUCCGGGGUUGAUGAGGUGGUUUGGAGCGUUUGAGAAGUAUAUUGAAGGUUUGCCUGAUACACAAGUGACAGUACCGGAAGACGAUACGCAGUGGAAGGAGGCGCUUCGAAGGACACCUUUGCUAGGCGAUGAGCAGCUGCUGGUUCCUACGGCGGUUGCGCCGCAUGAAGCUCUGGACACUCGGAGAGGGAUGGUACCGGGGGUGGGCGUAAGUGUUGUGCCAGAUGAUACUGGGCGCGGCAACCCUACGAAGGGCACAUUGGUCAAGAUUGGAAGUGAAGAGGUUGUCAUCAAGCCGGAUGAGGAAGCUGAGUUGCAGGUUAGAAUCCAUUUCCCGCGUCUGGGGUUCAUUGUAAAGGUUCCGAAGGGGAGUAAAAUGUAG